UUUGUCCAAAGAAAGAACAAGAAAAAAGAAGAAAAUGGAAGAGGCAUUGCUAGGUGGAAAAGAGGAAGAAAAAUGGAAGUUAACAUGGAAUGGGUUUGGAGAGGAGCUGAAGAAGGUGAGCUACAUGGCGUUGCGGAUGGUGGCUGUAUCUGUGUCGCGGUACCUUUCCCAAUUACAUUGAAGUUUGUGGCACUGAUUUAAUUGUUAAAAUUUGUCAUAAACUAAAUUUAUUGGAGACUUUGAAAAAAAAAAUAUAAAUGGAAAGAAAAUCCGCCACGGAUUGUAAUUUCCGUGGUCCCACGUGAUAAACGCCAAUAAGGGGCCUUAAAUAAGGGGGCUGUCCAAAGAAAGAACGAGAAAGAGGAAGAAAAUGGAAGAGGCAUUGCUAGGUGGAAAAGAGGAAGAAAAAUGGAAGUUAACAUGGAAUGGGUUUGGAGAGGAGCUGAAGAAGGUGAGCUACAUGGCGUUGCCAAUGGUGGCUGUGUCUGUGUCACAGUACCUUUUGCAGGUCAUAUCGGUGAUGAUGGUUGGUCACCUUGGCGAGCUAGCUCUUUCCGGGAUUGCCAUAGGAUCCUCCUUCACUAAUGUCACUGGCUUCAGCUUUAUUUUUGGAAUGGCUGGUGCAUUGGAAACUCUAUGCGGACAAGCUUAUGGAGCACAACAAUAUCAAAAGUUUGGAACUUACACUUACUGUUCCAUAAUUUGUCUCAUUCCUGUUUGUAUUCCAAUAUGCUUUCUGUGGAUAUUCAUGGACAAGCUGUUAGUAUUGAUGGGGCAGGACCCUGAAAUUGCAAUGGUAGCUGGCAGAUAUGCAAUCUGGCUCAUUCCUGCAUUGUUUGCCUACCCAUUUCUUCAGUCAUUAAUUCGCUAUUUCCAGUGUCAGGGCUUGACUCUUCCAUUGUUCUUGAGCUCUUCUGCAGCUCUCUGUCUCCAUAUACCUCUCUGUUGGACUCUACUAUACAAAACAAAAUUAGGAAUUAUCGGGGCGGCUUUAUCAAUCGGAUUAUCUCUCUGGUUUAAUGUCAUAUUGCUUGGGACUUACAUGAGCUACUCUUCAUUAUGUGAGAAAUCUCGUGCUCUCAUCUUCAAUCACAUUUUCUUAAUCAUCAAGGAGUUCUUUAGCUAUGGACUCCCUUCUGCUGUAAUGGUUUGUCUUGAAUGGUGGUCAUUCGAGCUACUUAUACUGCUAUCAGGACUUUUACCUAAUUCAAUGCUUGAAACAUCAGUUCUGUCAGUAUGCCUUACAAUCACUUCAUUACACUUCUUCGUACCAUACGGGAUUAGCGCUGCUGCAAGCACCCGAGUUUCAAACGAAUUAGGAGCGGGAAAUCCACAAGCAGCUCAACUAUCUGUAAUUGUUGCAAUGGUAAUUGCAGCUAUAGAGCCACUCGUAGUGGCAAUUGUCCUCUUUUGCUGCCGCUACGAUUUCGGAUACUUGUUUAGCAAUGAAAAGGAAAUUGUCAAUUAUGUUGCAGAAAUGAUUCCACUACUUUGCAUUUCGGUUUUAAUGGAUAGCUUACAAGCAGUACUUUCUGGUGUGUCCAGAGGAACUGGGUGGCAGCACAUCGGAGCCUAUGUGAAUCUUGGGGCAUAUUACCUUGUAGGAGUUCCAGUAGCAGCCGUGUUGUGUUUUGGUCUAAAUUUGAGAGGGAAGGGGCUUUGGAUGGGAAUAUUGGCAGGGUCUACUGUUCAAGCAUCGCUCCUUGCUCUCGUUACUGGCAUCACAAAUUGGCAAAAACAGGCAAGGAAUGCGAGGGAAAGAAUAUUAGAGGGGUCAAUCACAGCAAAGAAUGAGUCAGCUUGAACAAGUCCAAGAAAAAGGAAGGAAAAGACCAUGAGUAUCUAUGUUUCCUUCAAUUGAUUUUUAAUCGACCAUUUCUUGUAUAAGUUUGGUGUAGAAGUGAUGUGCAACCCAGAAUUCUAGAAUUAUUUCUGUUGGGUUUUGAGUUUGAGUUUCAACGUUAAAAGAGAAAUAAAGAUUGCCAACAAAAUGUUGUUUUGAAUGAUAUGAUGGAUUCCCUGAAGUCAUUUCCGGGCUCAAGAGUCUAAUCCCAAAUUCUAUGUGUUUGCUCCAACUUGAUAUUUGAUUGUCUUCAAGUAAAUGUUGGUUUGUUGUUUUUUUCCUCAGUAUAAAUUUAUUUGAUUUAUUAUAUAUGUACCUGCUUUUUUUUUUAAAGCUGACUCUAAAAUAUUUCGACCCUAAAAUUUGUCCAUGAAAUAAAAUAUCCUUUGACAAACAAAAUAAAUAAU